ACGUUCAAAAAUCGAAGCGGCAUUCUUUUAUGCACAGAGUGAACUCACCAUUGUCGGACAUGUUGUCGGACACCGCUAUCUCUCAAGAGUUACACUGCCAAGAUUCUUCCCGGGGUGGAUCUGAUCGUCAUUGAGCUUCGGAGGGGGACCCCGACCAACGACUUGUGACCCUUAACGGGAAAGCCAGCAGAAUGUCGUCCAGGAUCUUCCAAGGACUCGCUCCCAGCCUCCUCCGAGGAGCAACUCGGGGCAUGCGGAAGAAGAAUCCAGAAAAACGCACGACUUCCCAAGCCGUCUCAUCUCUAUUCAUGCCGGCACCUCUGAAGCCCGGCUCGAAUUCAGACGACAUAAACGUUGGAGCGGAACUCGGUGCUGAAAUCGACAAGAACGGCCUUCGGAAGGCGUUGAAUGAGUUCCACAAACGUCCUGAGGUCAUAGAGCUGGCCGCUGAGAAUGGUCUCGACAGUUCCUUGUUCCAGAGAGCCUUCCAAUCGUUUCGACAGUUCUGCGAAACCUCCGAGAAACUGGACGCCGAAUUUCACAUAGUGUGCAGCGAUCUUCUCCGAGGCUCCGGCCAUGUCACGGACAUUUUCCCGUACUUCUUGCGGCACGCGAAGCAAGUGUUCCCGCAUGUCGAGUGCAUGGACGAGCUAAAGAAAAUCUCGGAUUUGCGUCUACCAGCGAAUUGGUAUCCCGAAGCGAGAUCCGUGGAGAGAAAAUUCAUUUUCCACGCCGGACCGACGAAUAGCGGAAAAACGUACCACGCAAUGGAGGCGUUCAUCAGUGCGAGUAACGGUGUAUAUUGUGGUCCUCUGAAAAUGCUCGCUGUCGAAGUCUAUCAGAAAACGAACGCCCGGGGUACGUCGUGUGAUCUUGUCACCGGUGAAGAGCGUCGGCGUCCGAACGGCGAUAUGCCGUCGAGUCACGUUGCCUGUACCGUGGAGAUGACUUCCACCAAAGAAUUUGUUGACGUAGCGAUAAUAGACGAGAUCCAAAUGGUGAAGGAUCCUCAACGAGGUUGGGCAUGGACGCGUGCGCUCCUCGGAAUCCCAGCCAAAGAAGUUCAUCUAUGCGGUGAGGAAGCCGCGAUUCCCCUCAUCCGAGAGAUCUUAGCCCCGCUCGGUGAGCAGAUCGAAGUCAGGAACUACGAGAGACUCACGCCACUCGUCGUCGAGAAGGAGGCUCUGAGGUCGCUGUCCAAUCUGCAGCCGGGCGACUGCGUUGUGUGUUUCAACAAAAACGACAUCUACACUGUCUCGUUAGAGAUCGAACGAAUGGACAAGCAGUGUGCCAUCAUAUACGGUUCCUUAUCGCCAGGUACAAAAUCAGCACAAUCGGAGAAAUUCAACGAUCCCGAUCACCCCUGCAAAAUCCUCGUCGCGACCGACGCCAUCGGUAUGGGACUGAAUCUCAGCAUCAGGAGGAUAAUUUUCUACAACGUGACCAAGCCGAACACCAACGAGAAAGGCGUGUGCGAGAGGGAAGUCCUCUCGGUCUCCCAGGCUCUCCAGAUCGCCGGCCGAGCCGGAAGAUUCGGCACGGCCUGGUCAGAAGGUCGCGUCACGACAAUGAAGCCGCAGGACCUGCCGAUUCUGACCCAUCUCCUCAAUUCGAAACCGGAAACGAUAGCCGCAGCUGGUUUGCAUCCGACAGCCGACCAGAUCGAACUGUUCGCAUAUCACCUGCCCCACGCGAACUUAUCGAACCUCAUCGACAUCUUCUGUUCCCUAUCCCGCAUGAACAACGCACAGUAUUUCAUGUGCAAUGUCGAAUCGUUGAAGUACCUGGCCGACCUCAUCCAACACGUGAAUCUGCCUCUGCGAGCGCGAUAUGUGUUCUGUUGCGCGCCGAUCAAUCCGAAAAUGCCGUUCGUCACCACCGUGUUCCUCAAGUACGCCAGGCAGUACUCCCGAAACGAACCGGUCACUUGUCAGAGAGUUCACGAAAUCAUCGGCUGGCCGCUGAAAUCGCCGGAAAACAUCGUGGAGCUCGUGCAUCUCGAAGCCGUAUUCGACGUCGUCGACCUGUACCUCUGGCUCAGCUAUCGCUUCCAGGACCUGUUCCCCGAACAGGAACGAGUGCGCGAACUGCAGAUAGAACUGGAUGAAAUGAUCCAGGGCGGGGUGGUUUCGUUCACGCGGCUGCUGAGGGCCGUCACUUCUGCCGAUGGAGAGAAAGCAGUAAGGCGGAGACCCCGUCGCGAAACGAAAAAGGUAGUCCCCGAGAACGCAUCCGCAACGAAAUUGACAGAUUCUCUCAUCUCAAGGGGACUCAUCACCGAGGACGAAUUAAAAAUGCUACAAGAGGAAUGGCUGAAUUCAUCGAAACCCAGCUAGGUGUCCGAUAAUAAAAAAAUGGGUGGUGCGGCUCAGCGUAGGAUUAGACGAAUACACACAUACAAUAUUGUUUUCCGAGGAACGGAAGCGCUCGCGAUAGUCGUCAUCUGUCAUCAGCCCGAUUCUAAUUCUGGAGUUCCGGUGACCGUUCCGGAGACUCAGAAAGUCCGUAGCAUAUGACUUGACGUCGUGAUCGGUUCAUCACGGGAAACGAGUAGACGAAGGUCGGACG